AUGUUUGAAGCAGUUUUCCGUUUGUGUAUAUUCCUACCUUACAUCUCCGGACUGAUUCUGCCGUUAACGAAAUCCGACGGUAGUGCCGACCUUACCAGUAUCUUGAGUCACAUCACUCUCCUCGAACAGACUGUGGACACUCUUCACAAAGACACAAAUAGGUUGCAGAUAGAUCUGAGGACAACGAACGAAAGACUCCAGCUCGCACAGGCAGAUCUGAAUAUCACAAGACAGGAACUACAGACGGCUCGCACAGACCUGCAGGUAACAAAGGACCAGCUUCAACAUACGCAGACCGAUCUUCAAAUUACCAAGAAAGACCUUCAGACCGCCCAGACAGACCUCAUGACAAACAAGGGGCUUCAACAAUCUGCAGCUGCUGAGAUUUUGUCUCUCAAAAACGGCAUGACCAUACUGAGAACCGAACUCGGAAUCGUGAAAUCAAAAGUAGAAAACACCGAUCCAGAUUUUCAUCCUCUGAGUUCAACCUCGAACGAUUCCCUUCUCGUGUCCUUGAAUGGGAGCGUUACAGCGAACCAGGAUGUUAUAAAGGCAAUUGUUCUGGAUGUGCAAUCAGUUCACAGCGAACUCAACACCACGACACACACAAUUUCAGAUGUCCAGUCCGACAUCAAUAGCUUUAAGCGGAAUAUGUCUUCUGCGCUUAGAAAUGUAACUGAUGAGUGUACGGCGCUGAAAUCUGAUUCUCAUUUAUUCAGUUCCCUCCAGUCGGACAUAACAGCAAUGAAUAACAAAUUGUCCUUCUUAAACAUAACCGUUCGUGAAGUUCAGUCAGAAGCACGACAAGUUGCAGCAAAUACAUCUUCUGUGAUACAGCUCAUUGCUCACAGGCAGCUGGUGGAGAACAUGGACACCCAGUCACUGAAGACACUAGCACAAGAUACGUCAGCCCAACUAAAACAGUUUGAGAAGAAUGUGAACUCAACUGAUGCGAGUAUGACGGCUCAAUUUAACCAUUUGGAAAAGGAUAUGAAUUCUACUUCCGUUUCUAUCCAGCAGAACCUCCUCUCCCUCGAGUCUGACCUCAACACGACUCGGGAGGACAUCACAGUGACGAACUCCGAGGUGCAUGCGCUGAGCAAAAAUAUGUCUGAUGUCAAGAAACUAUCGGCAGAAACCAAACAGGCCCUGGCGCUGUUGGCCAAAACUCUGGUGUCAAAAACCAGAGCCGUGGCUUUCCAGACGUACGCAUCAAGUCCCCAAAACGUAACGUCACUACACCCCGUGGUGUAUGACAGCAUCAUCUACCACAUUGGACCUGGCUACGACCACACAACGGGGAAGUUUACAGCACCAGUGUCCGGAACCUACAUGUUCUGGGCACAGGUGGGCAUUCAACUCUUUAACUACAGUCCAUCCAUGUCGAUCGUCCAGUCGGGAAGGACCAUCGGCGGCGGUUGGUCCGCACAAAGGUCUCCUUCUGACAGGGUAGUUUCCGCUACGUGCGUUAGUCAUUUGAAGAAGGGCGAAGAAGUUUGGGUGCAGUUUGAAGAAGAGUUCUCUUGGGGUGACAUGCAGACACCUACAGUCACAGUUCAGUCAAGUUCCUAUAACACAGGUCCGAAAUCAUACUUUGGUGGUGCCCUUUUGUCAAUGGACUGA